GGUUCAGGCAAUAGCUAUGUGUUUGCCAAGGACUUGAGCUCCCUGAAUGGAAGUUGGCAGUACCUCUGGCUAAAUCGUACUUUGGUUUCAUAUUUUAGGGCAGGUUUGGCACGAGGCUGCACAAUGACGACUGAUUGGGAUUACGACUACCUGAUCAAGCUCUUGUCGUUAGGGGACUCUGGAGUGGGGAAGACCACUUUCCUCUACAGGUACACCGACAACAAGUUCAACCGCAAGUUCACCACCACAGUGGGAAUAGACUUCAGGGAAAAGAGAGUGACGUAUUUGGGGACUGGCUCUAAUGGAACGACAGAGAAGACUUUUAAAGUGCAUCUACAGCUCUGGGACACAGCAGGGCAAGAGAGGUUCAGAAGUCUCACGACAGCCUUCUUCAGAGACGCAAUGGGCUUCCUUCUUAUGUUUGAUCUGACCAAUCAGCAGAGUUUUCUGAAUGUCAGGAACUGGAUGAGUCAGCUACAGGCAAAUGCCUAUUGUGACAGUCCAGACAUAGUCUUAGUUGGCACCAAAGCAGACCUCAAAGACCUGAGAGAUGUACAAGGAAAACAAGCCAGGGACCUGGCGGACAGAUAUUGUGUACCCUAUUUUGAGACGAGCAGUGCCACAGGGGAUGAGGUAGACCAGGCAGUGACCACUCUGCUGGACCUGGUGAUGAGGCGCAUGGAGCAGAACACAGAAGGGCCUGUGUCAGAGGCUGCCAAUGGGAGCGCAGUCCUUAACAAAGUGGCCGAAACCUCCACCAGCAGGAAGUGUGCCUGUUAGGAUGUCAGCCACAUUUCAUGGACAUGUGGUUGGCUACAUUCAGAAUGAAGGACCAUUCAUUCAAAUGUGUAACUAUUGCAUCAUAGGAGUUUUAUUAUAUUGGAAAAGUUCAAUUAUCCCAUACAGUAUUUUAAGGAUGUGUAUUAUCCUCUUAUGUAAUAAUGUGUGUUUAUUUUUGGAUUGAUAACUGCUGCACUGGCUAUUUAUUCCCAACCUGGUCAGUAUUAUCUUCAGUCUGUACUUGUGAUGUAUGUUAUUGACCAGAAACAAGCAACAUAACACACAAUCCAGUUUUAUGACAUUGUAAAAUGAUUCAAAAGUAAAUGAAAGCACCAUGUGUAGAUCUCAAGCCAAUAUUUGUAAUAUGACUAGGCUUUGUGUGAUUCUAAAUGGUUAAAUACUCAUGUUUGAAGAAGAGUCGUAUGUAAAAAGUAUGUUUCUUUUUUAUUUGACACAUUGAGGCAUCGAUGGAAGGAAAAUGCAGGCACAUACAUUUAUAAUUGACAAUAUAUAAUCCAAAACUGAUUAUGCAACAACUCAUUCACAGUCAUGGUUACAUUUCUUAUAUAUGAAUGAGAAAAUCUAUUAUUGUGUUACAAUAAUGCAAAGUGCAUUACAGGAUCCAUGAGUUCUACUGUAUACGACAAAGAGCACAUUU